AUGCUGCUCACGCCUCGCGCCUACUCCCUCGCCCAAAUUCCCGACGAGGGCCGCAAACGUCCUGAACCCUCCUUUUUCCUCUAUACACAGUCGCGGAAGGAACUGCAAGCCGAGGAACAGCGUGCGCGGAGCAUGUUGUUGCUCCACCAGACGGGGAGUGUGAAAGUGGGCGAGGUCGUGAGAUACACAGUCACAUACACGCCGUCCGAAGAUCGAAUACUACCGUCUCCCUCAUUUCUCCAUAUCCGCAUACGAAACACCUCCGCGAUACCUCUGCGCGCCGCAUACCUCCAUGGACCCUAUACGAUCCAUGUCUCCGCAUAUCCCUCUACCUUCAACCCAAAUAAGAAAGACGAUGCGUCCAAAGUCUACGGCUUCCCUGAGUUUGAACCAAAUGUCAAGGCUGGUGGAUACUGGAACACCAGACUGACUGUGCCAGAGCACAUUAGAGGCGAAGUGGGCAGGAAUGAGGAUGGCUCACCAAAGAGUGCGACCUGGAUCAUUGAGAUUGCCUCCCAGAUCAUCUUCUCUAACUCGGCCUCUGUCAACUACGAGCUGCUGCUGGCUCGUGACGAAAGAUCACUAGAUCUGGGCUUCACAGCUGUUACUGGAAACAGUCAUGGAGUGCCAGGCAAGGUCCAAGACCAUCAGCAAGGGACUAGAAAACACACCUCUCACCAUCCCGCCCAACCUAAAGGAAUCUAUUCCAAGGCUGUCAAAUUGGUCGUAGAUGACACCACGAGUCUGUGGAACAAGCCUGAACUGCCGGAGUACAAACACGAGGAAGAUCACACCGAUAAGCGAAAGUCGAAAGACAUCCAUCACGAACAGGUUGGCCACGAUCGAAAGCAGAAGAAUGUCCACCUUGUACUCGUGACUCAUGGUCUGCACAGCAAUCUCGGGGCAGACAUGCUUUAUCUCAAGGAGAGUAUUGAUGCUACAGCUCGGCAAGCGCGCGAAGGCCGACGAAGACGGCGGCGGGAAGCGCGAGGACAAAAUAUCAGCAAGGAAAAGGGAAAGGAUAUUUCCACAGCACCUUUGUCGGGCGGUCAAGAGGACAUAGCUGAUGAAAGCGAGGACGACGACGAAGAGGAGGUUAUAGUUCGAGGGUUCGACGGCAAUGUGAUACGUACAGAGCGCGGCAUUCAGUAUCUGGGAAAGCGCUUAGCGAAGCAUGUGCUUCGGUUAACGUACCCCGAUCAACCAUUUCUACCCUUCAAGAAGUCAGUAGGACAGAAGCUUUCCGCAACUUUCUCCCCGGCCAAGGACAAGCCUGAUGAAGGUAUCCCGGCACAUGAAGGGAGCGCAGUACAUCGACCAGCGCCAUCUACACCUCAGCCGAAACGAGCCUACAAAUUCACAAGCAUAAGCUUCAUUGGUCACUCUCUUGGAGGCCUUGUUCAGACAUACGCCAUCGCCUAUAUCUACAAGCACUCGCCGCAGUUCUUCGAGAAUAUCAAGCCCAUCAACUUUAUUGCUAUGGCAUCUCCCAUGUUGGGUCUGAGUAAUGAAAAUCCCAUGUACAUCAAGUUCGCCCUAGAUUUUGGUCUUGUGGGUAGGACCGGACAAGAUCUUGGUCUAACCUGGAGAGCUCCGACGUUGGUAAAGAGCGGCUGGACUGCUAUGGUGAGCGGAUUCGGCGCUCAAUCUCAGAAUCAACAGAACCACCAGGACCCUGGGGCGAAGCCUCUUCUUCGCAUUCUCCCCACUGGACCAGCCCAUGUAGUGCUGCGCAUGUUCCGAAACCGGACUCUAUACUCAAAUGUUGUCAACGAUGGAAUUGUGCCACUGCGCACAAGCUGUCUCUUGUUCUUGGACUGGCGAGGUAUCGGCAGAGUUGAGAAAGCGCGAAGAGAAAAUGGUCUGAUCGGGUCGGUGGCUGUUUGGGGCUUUGGACAAUUGACGGGGCAGAGCUCGUCACCAAACCCAUCGAGAGUCGGAUUCUCCGACGACGAGGGCGAAGGCACCGAAUCCCCGUCCUACAAUGGAGACGAUAUGACCGUGCCACUACCAGGUGCUGAUGUCACCAACCAAGAUGAUGAAGCGCAAGCUGCAGCAGAGCCCACCGCUCACCAAUUCCUGGACGGGCAGAAGAAGGACCCCGACGGGAGUGCAAUGAGCGAUCAGUACUUCCAGCCACAGAAUACAUUGAUGCAGUGGUGGAGCUAUAUUCGUCCUACGGGAAAGCAUACAGCGAGGGAUAAGAAGAUGUUCAAGCGCAGCCAAACAAUUUUCAAGGACGAUGAAGAACAGGACGCUGCAGCAGAAGCAGAAGCGGAAGCAGAAGCAUCUGCCUCCCAAAGUACUCAACAAAGGAAGAGGCCGCAAGCGACCCGUGGCGACUCUGUAGUGAACAAUAAAAAGAGCAUGCUGGCGCCACCAAAAACGACGAUCUUUGAGUCCGCAGGCGACCUGAUCAACCCUCCCGUGCCUCCCCAAUCUUGGAUAAACGAUCCUUCGACCCGGGCACGUACAAUCUUUCACGAUCGUAUAUAUCAUCCUGAGGAUAUUCCACCCCCACCUAGGAAGAAGGCGUCAGGACGCUCCUUCUCUGUUGAAAGCACCACUUCUCAAUCUGAUGCUGGUAGCGUUGACGAGGGUGUGAUGCGUGUCGAGGAGAAGAUUGCACGCGCUUACCACAAGGACCUCUCAUGGCGCAAGGUCUUGGUCCGGCUUGAGCCUGAUGCGCACAAUAACAUGAUCGUCCGCCGGAUGUUUGCUAACGCUUAUGGUUGGCCUGUCAUCAAGCAUCUCUGUGACACGCACUUCGCCGACACGUACUCUGCACAAACACGCGACGAGGACGAGCCCGCCAUAGACCGCGCUGCCGGCGUACAAGUGCCCGUCAGAGAAGAUGGCGAGCAUGUCAAAGGGCAGGAAGACUCAAGCCCGCCGAUUGAGCGCACGCAAAGCGAAAUGAGGGAGGUAGCUGACGAACUAGCACCGCUCAAGAAACCAAGUCUCAAGAUCCCCCAACGAGCUAAUACAAGUGACUCUUCCCGCAGCAUAGGUCCCGCAGAUUGGGAUAGAUACUUUGAUGGCACGAGUGAUGAAGAGGAUGAAGUGGAUGAUCGCAACGCUUUUCAGAAGUUUUUGCAACUCAAUAAUCCAAGGAGCCCCCUGAGUCCCACUUCGCCGACAGUCCCAAUGACCCCUGGCGGGAAAGGGACGACUGAUGCCGAGAUUUCUGAGUUCCUCAACUUCCCACCACAUGCUACACCUAUGGAGGUUCAUAGAGGUCUUGGUGCAAGCCCAAGCAGCAAGACGACAAAGUCAAGCAACGAGCCGGAUUCACUGCAGUCUCUGGGCGGGACCAAUACCAUGCUUGGCGAGAGCAUGAUGACGAGUUCUCCCGAAACACGAUCCGCCAACCUCAGCGAAGUGGGACUUAGGAAAUCGUUUGACAGGAGUGCGUCGACGUCACCAAAGACUAUCAGGGCAAGGAGUGGAAGCGGUGGAGUGAGUGCACAUGUUGCCAUGCUAAGCUCGCCGAAAUUGCCGGAAGACGGGGCUCAGGCCUAG